AUGCUACGCCAGGCAAUCUUCUCAAUGAAGGGCUGUAUUCCGUCUCUUCCACGCGAUCUAUGCAUACAUUUCGAAUGUCAACCGACCGUGCGGAUAUCCACAAGAGACGGGGUCACUUCUGCUAUUGUGAUACCACCGACGGCGAAGCAUACUUCGACCAGAGCCUUUGCUAACUAUUUAUAUCUACAAAGUGACGACUAUCCCGAAACUUACUCAUCAAAGACACAGAGUACCAUAUGGAACCACGCUGAACGAUUACAAGCAGGACCUGCAAUUCAUUGCCUCAUCGCCACUUUCAACCUCUCCGUGGAUGUUUGUCAUCAUUAG